GGGUCGCAACAGUGAACCUCUAAGACAGUGAGGGUGAGGACAGGCGCCAUGGCUCUCUUCAACUCUCUCUCCACAAGAACUUUCUCACAGUCAGCAAGAAUGUCUGCCGCAAUUCAGAAUGUAACUGUAAUCGGAAGUGGGCUGAUGGGUGCUGGUAUUGCACAGGUGGCAGCCCAAACUGGCCAUAAGGUGACCAUGGUAGAUAUUGAUGAUGCUGCUGUAGAGAAGGCACAGAAGAGAAUUGGAGACUCCAUCCAACGUAUAGCCAAGAAGAAGUUUGGUGGAGAAAGUGCGGAAGCUAACAAAUUUAUUUCGGAUGCCAUUGGUCGUCUCACUAUAUCAACUGAUGCUGUGUCCUCUGUAGGGUCUGCUGAUUUGGUAGUGGAGGCCAUUGUUGAAAAUUUAGAUGUGAAGAAGAAGCUCUUUACACAACUGGACCAGGCUGCCCCUUCACACACCAUCUUUGCUUCCAACACCUCCUCUCUGUCCAUUGCCAAGAUAGCUGACGCAACUAACCGUAAGGACCGCUUCGGGGGUCUUCACUUUUUUAACCCAGUUCCUGUUAUGAAGCUACUUGAGGUGGUACGUAUCCCAGAAACCUCCCAAGAGACUUACGAAGCCAUGUGUGGGUGGGGCAAGGCCAUGGGUAAGGUAACUGUGGCGUGUAAGGACACACCUGGGUUUAUUGUCAACCGCCUACUCGUACCUUACAUGUAUGAAGCUGUUCGAAUCCUAGAGAGAGGUGAUGCCAGUGUUCGUGAUAUUGACACUUCAAUGAAGCUUGGUGCUGGUUACCCAAUGGGGCCCUUUGAACUCAUGGACUAUGUAGGCCUUGACACUGGAAAGUUUAUUGUUGAUGGUUGGCACAAGGAAUACCCAGAUAUGCCACUGUUUGAGCCAUCUCCUCUAAUUGAGAAAUUGGUGCAAGAGGGUAAAUUAGGAGUGAAAACUGGCGAAGGAUUCUACAAGUACAACAAAAAAUAAGAUUGGAAUAUUCAAAGAAGCUAAUAACAUUUAUUUUUAGAUGAAACAACAUUGUCCUCAUGAUUUGAAGAAAAAAAAUUAUUAUCGAGUGUAUCUUGGUACCUAUGUUUGAUGGGAUUAGGUUGUAUAGAAAUGGGGAUAUUAUUGUUUUGGUAUUGUAUAGGGUUUGGGGUUUGGAAGGAGUUAUGUGCACAUCAAUGCAAUUUUAUAUUAAUAAGUAAUCCUGUUUUUUGUAGAUUAUAUCAAAUAUAUGUGCAGGUCAUUGCAAUGUAAUUAAUAUUUCAUGCAACCUUUUGCAAAUUAAAAUUUGAUAUUUUGUCA